GGGACGUGUAGGAGGGCAAGUGUCUUCCUCACAUCAGUCACUGAGCAGCAAUUCAUCUGCUCAGAUCGACCUUUUUUUUUCCCCCUUCGAAAUCAUAGGACACUCACACGAGGAGUGGGAGGAGGCGAUAGGAGAAGCUUGCUGGGACCCAGUCUGAUAGAUUCAACAGAAGUUGGAUGCUGGAGGAGUAAAAGAAACACAACAAAAUCCCUGAUGCACUUUUGGGAAGAUGUUUGGAGCAAAAAAAUACGAAUGCUGAUCAAGCAAUGAUGGAGAACAGUCCCAACGCAACUAAAUCAUUCCUGUUUUUAUAGUUUUAUAAGAACAUAGGACAACAUCGGACCAGAGUUUGGACUGACAGAAGAUGAAGUUUGGAAGUAGCUUUUGCACCCUGAACGUUGGCGGUCGCAGGUUUCCUUUCACGGUGGAACUGAUGAAGCACCUCCCACUGAGCAGACUCAGCCGCCUGUAUCGCUGCGUGUCAGAGAGCGAGUUGUUAGAGCUGUGCGAUGACUACGACCGUGACAGAAACGAGUUUUUUUUCGACCGCCACUCCGAGGCCUUCAGCUUCAUCAUGCUGUAUUUGCAGCAUGGCAAGUUACGUUUUGUCCCACACAUGUGUGAACUAUCCUUCUAUAAUGAGAUGCUCUACUGGGGCCUGGAGAGUGCUGACCUGCAACUUUGCUGCCAGCGGCGGCUGGAUGAACGUCUCUCUGACUGCUUUGUGCACUUUUUCCCUGAAGAGGAACCGCAAGGCCCAGAGGAACCGUCCGAUCAUUGGUUGGAGAGGAUGAGGCGGACAUUUGAGGAACCCACAUCCUCAGUGGCGGCGCAAAUCCUGGCCUCUGUGUCUGUGCUGUUUGUUCUUAUUUCUAUGGUGAUGAUGUGUGCCAGCACCUUACCAGAGUGGAAGAAUGCGGAGACACUGGAUGAACACAGGAUCAUCGAGGCGGUGUGCAUUGGUUGGUUCACCGCCGAGUGCAUCGUCCGUUUCAUCGUGUCUCGAGACAAAUGCGAGUUUGUACGUCGUCCUCUGAACAUCAUUGACCUGCUGGCCAUCACUCCGUAUUAUAUUUCCGUUACCGCCACGGUCCUGACGGGAGAGAAUUCUCAGCUUCAGCGAGCCGGCGUGACACUACGGGUGUUGCGCAUCAUGAGAAUCUUCUGGGUGAUCAAGCUGGCUCGUCACUUCCUGGGCCUACAAACUCUCGGCCUGACGCUGAGACGAUGCUAUCGUGAAAUGGUUAUGCUUCUGGUGUUCAUUUUUGUCGCCAUGGCCAUCUUCAGUGCGCUGGCUCAGCUUUUAGAAGGAGGUAACCAGGACUAUACUAGCAUCCCUGCUGCCAGCUGGUGGGUCAUUAUCUCCAUGACGACAGUAGGCUACGGGGACAUGUACCCGGUGACUAUGGCCGGUCGCGUACUGGGCGGGUUCUGCGUGGUGAGUGGAAUAGUUCUUCUCGCCCUGCCGAUCACUUUUAUUUACCAUAGUUUUGUGCAGUGCUACCAUGAACUGAAGAUCCGUUCGGCACGCUGCAUCCGCAGUUCAUCGACUGAUUUUAUUGAUUGAAAGACACGAUAGAGCAAGGAAUAUCCAGAGGAUAUUAGAAGUCAUAGACUAUGGACAUUUUCGUCAACUGCCAUGUCUGUGAAUAUUUUCAGUCCCUCACAGGUUAAUAAAUGUGGUAGGAUUACAAUAAGGGCCUGCUAACAUUUGUUUUUAACUGCAACUUUGGAGGCUAAAAAUGUUACAUAACGAUUAUCAAAGUUCAGGUUUUGAAAAAUGGGCGUCAUCAAAUGAAUGUAAUUGUUGCUCUUUACUAUUUCAGGCAUCAAAUUGUA